UGGUCGCCGGUCGACGGUCGAGUGGCGCAGCCAGCAGAUAAUCGUCGAUCGCUGUUAUCACACGUCCGCAGCUCUGUCCGCCGCACUCGGUUCACAGAGCGCGAACCACGCAGUCCGCACAUACGUUAUACAAAAAAAUAUUUACUAAACACAUGCGUUGAGCAAUUUGUAUCAAUAUUUUGCAUAAUUUUUAGUAACAAUGUUCCGCGAGAACGGUUGGCUUCGGGAUGAAGCGUUACUGAGUGACAGUUUACUUUUCGAGUACUCUCCCGCUGAAAGCCUGAUCAAUUUUGAGUUACCAACAAAUUUUAACACAGAACUCAACGACUGGCAACUCUGUGAUCUGGAUAUUCCUUGUGAUGAUUUAGUUAACGGUUUGAACGACACGAACACAUCAAGUUUUGAAGAUGGUUCACCCGUGCUGUUUGACUUCGACGAAUUAGACAAAAACAUAGACUUGGACGACUACCUCCUUGAGGCUUUAACUAGUGACAAAUCCAGCGACAUUCAAACGUCAGGGUCAGAUUCGACGGAAAGCAGGAAUGACGGCGCUCUCGGACGACUCUCAGUUUUAGGGAUCGAUUUGGAAUCGACGAGUGUUCAAGACAUUCAAUAUACGCCGAGGGUUUACAAAAGAAACUUAGAAAAAGUGCAAAGUGUACAGGAAACGAAAGUAAGAUCGUGGGGAGAGCCGACCUUCUGCUCGGAAGUGGGAGCCUUCCGUUGUCCGGUCGAAGACUGUGGUAAAUUGUACGCGAAAGCAUCUCACGUUCGCGCACAUUUACGUCGUCACAGCGGCGAGAAGCCUUACAGGUGCACGUGGGGUGGUUGUAACUGGCGCUUCGCUAGAUCCGAUGAGUUGGCGCGACACCGUCGGAGUCACUCAGGCGAUAAGCCUUACCGAUGCCAAGAAUGCGGGAAGAGAUUCGCGAGAUCAGACCAUCUCGCCAAACACGGGCGAGUGCACGCCAGGAGAGCAGCGGCCGCCGCGGCCGCCGCCAAGAGGGCCAACGCGCAUACAUACAGGACGAGAAGACUCCUGUGAACUCACCGCUCACUGCAAUGUUAACUUAAGAACAGAUCGCGCGGGCGCGAAUAUCUACGAGUUAUAUGCAAUAAUUUAACUUACUUAGAUUUAAUUUUAGGUAAUAAUACCUAUCCAAAGAGUUUUUAUUAGUACAUUAAUAAUUGAUAAUUAAUUUAUAUUAAUGCUUUGAUCCAUGAAUCUCAGUGUGUGCUAUGCAGUAUAAUAGAUAAUGUAAUGUCCGUUAAGUAUGUCCUAGCUAGGUAAUUGAACUUUUGUUUAUAAAUAUUUUAUACAUAAUCAUAUCUCGUACUUAGUGUGGCCAUUACCGAGAAAAAUAAGAACUUAGUGAUAAUAUUGAAUAAAAAUAAAUACCAACACUUCCAACAUUGUGCUCGAGUACGUCACGUUAUUUUUAUUUAUUUCACUCAGUACGUGAGCAUCUCAAAGUUGCUAGACAAUCUAACAGAAUGAGAAUAAACUUUAAAACUACAACAAUUUAUAUGAAAUCCUGAAGAAAUAUCUUAUAUAUAU